AUGGAUUGCACAUAUAAAACCAACAGAUAUCGGCUUCCUCUUCUUGAAAUUGUGGGAGUGACAUCAACUGAAAUGACAUUCUCUGUAGCUUUUGCAUACUUACAGUAUAAGAGGGCUGAUAACUAUGCGUGGGUGUUAGCUACAUUACGUGAUGUCAUGGAUGGGUUUGUUGUGCCAACAGUUAUUGUUACUGACAGAGAGCUAGCCUUGAUGAAUGCCAUACAGAAGAUAUUCCCAAGUGGCAAACAUUUAUUAUGUCAUUGGCAUAUCAGUAAGAAUGUGUUGACCAAAUGCAAGAAAAUGUUUGAGACACAGCAAAAAUGGGAGAAGUUCAACCAUGAGUGGAACUCUGUAGUGUAUUCAUCUUCUGAAAUUCAAUACGAGGAGCGUCUUAAAUCAUUACUUAAGGAAUUCAGUAGUUAUCCUGAUGCAGUCAAAUAUGUCAUGGAUACUUGGUUGGUUCCUUACAAGGACAAAUUUGUGGCGGCAUGGACAGACACGUGUAUGCAUUGUGGCAAUGUUACAACGAACCGGGCUGAGAGUGCACAUGCAAAACUUAAAAGACAAUUGGGUUCAUGUCAAGUCUCAUUUCAGGCAUCAUUUGAGAAAAUACACAGUCUGCUUGAGUUGCAACACACUGAUAUCAAGGCUUCAUUUGAGAAAAGUCUAACUGUUGUGCAACAUCAAUUUAAACCUUCUCAAUUCAGGGAGCUACGGGGGAAUGUGUCUAUCUCUGCAUUGGAGUAUUUGCUUGUCGAGAGUAAGAGAGCCAAUUCCAUUGGUAUUGAUGUUGAAGCUUGUGGAUGCGUCCUUCGCCACACUCAUGGUUUACCUUGCGCCCAUGAGAUUGCUGACUACAUCAGACAAGAUCGUCCUAUACCACUUGCUACCAUACACUCACAGUGGAGGCAACUUCAUAUCUCCAUAUGCAAGAAAGAAGAGGAAACAGAGGUGACUUGUCAUGCAGAAGUAGAGUUGUUUCUCAACAAGUUUAAUGAAAGUGAUAGAACCAUGCAAUUGGAGCUUUUGAAGAAGUUGAAAGAGAUUGUAUAUCCGGAAAGCACUUUUCUUGUUGAGCCGGAGGUGAAGCCCAAAACACGUCCUCGGGAUCAUAAGAAGAUCAAUGUUUCUACCCGUCGUGACCCGUGUGCAUUUGAGUUAGUGCAAUCUGGACAUGAUUCCUUCUCACCUAGGGACACUCAAAUCACUACAUUAGCUUCUACUCUACAAACCAAGAAGAAGCGACCUUUUGUCAAGGAUGUAGCUGCAGAUGGGAAUUGUGGUUUCAAGGCUAUAGCUGCUUCAAUUGGUCAUACAGAAGAUGAUUGGGCUCAGGUUAGGCGUGACCUAUUGGGUGAGCUGCACACACACAAAGAGGAAUACAUUACACUUUAUGGGUCCUAUGAAAGGUUUGAAGAAUUGACAAGCAUAUUGUCAUACUUUGAAGACAAUCCUGGAUACUCACAUUGGAUGACUAUGCCAGACAUGGGCCAUCUUGUUGCAUCGUGCUACAAUCUUGUGUUAUACCACUUGUCUUUACAGCAAUGUCUCACAUUUUUACCUCUUAGAACCGUGCCAGUACCUCAACUUGAUAGACGUGAGAUUGCCAUUGGGUUUGUCAACGGAAAUCAUUUCGUGCAGGUUUUGUUGCAGCCAGGCCAUCCAGUUCCUCCUAUUGCCACUAAUUGGAGAAAAUACCGUCACCCUUGCGCUGUGGACUGGGAUGAUGCAUAUGUGCGUCGCAUUCAACAUUUCAAGGACAUUAUUCAUGAUAAUGUAGCUACUCGAGAGACUUUUGAUGUUGUUGAUGUCGCAUGACACAUGUAUGCAUUUGACAAUGUUACAAUUAUGGAAGAAAUUAAUGGAUGUGUUUUUGAUGUUGAUGUGUUAUGUUUUGCA